AUGGCAGAAAACCCAACAAAUCAGUCGUGUUUUAUUCCAGGGAUCUCCGUAUCGUUCCAGAGAAGUUUCUUUUAUUACGCCAACUGGUUUUCCCUUCUCACAAUGUUACUAAGCAUUUGGUGUUUUGUAUCCAAUGCGAUAGUCAUCAUUGGUUUGUUGAGGAGUGGCAUCAGGUCUCUUCGUCCAGGAUUGCUGAUGGUUUGUAGCUUGGCCUUCAGUGAUCUUAUGUGGGGGGCGACAGUUGCACUGUUAAACGCUGCUGUUAGGAUCAGAAAUUUAAUGAACAGAAAUGUGUGUGAAGUGAGCUCGCAAAUCUUCGAAAUGGUAACAACGUAUACUGAAAUACCUCUCACGAUGUGUUUUAUUGGCACUAUAGGAAACCUUACGGUCAUGAGCAUUGAUCGAUAUCUUGCGGUACGAAGUUGGGUUCGAUAUAACGUUUUAAUGACAAGACGCCGCGCCGUUGUCGUUUGUUCUCUCGUAUGGUUCUCAUCAGUAACCAUUGGAUGUCUAAAACAGUUUAAAAUUCUUAGUCAUACAGUCUUCCUUUCUGCAAUAUUAGCCCUUUUCUUCCCCUCAGCUUUGGUCAUCAUCAUUUUCCAGAUCAUAACACUUUGUUUAUUCCGUCGUCAUAACAACGCUGUAGCACAGAUAAUGGAAGAUAAUCAAGAAAAUUCUGUCAGAGAUCAAAACGUUGUGGCUGAGCGCGAACUAACGAAAACAACAACGUACGUGGUUGGCGUUUUGGGACUGUUUUUCAUACCUAUGGCUUGUGCUAUAGUAACAGGUAUUAUUGUGCAGAAACAGGUAGGCAAGCUUUUGAAUCCCUUUGUAAUUCCCCUAUUUACCUUAAAUUCAGGAAUUAAUCCAUUGUUGUAUUACAGGGGAAAUAAGAGAGUCAGGCAAGCAAUUUCCAAUCUUGUAAAAUGCCAGUGA